AUGUGCUAUUUCAAGGUGGCGAAACAGGGCGCCGGCGGCGAUGUGCCGGAGGCGAUCUUCUCAUCCGCCGGGGAGAUAAUCACCAUGGUCUCGGCUUUGACUCAUGUCAUUUCCAGUGGCGCUCCCCCCGGGUACGGCGGCGCUGGUGAUUUAUCUGGGGUUGGUUAUUCCUCUGGUUUUGCUCCACCGGCAACCACGGUGGCGGAAGGUGGUGGUUGUAGGAAAAGAGAGAGGGAAGAAGAAGGAGAAAGUGGAAUAAUGUGGGGAAGGGGGAUCGGAAAUGGCUAUAGCGGUGGCCGGAUUGUGGAUUUUGGAGCUGUACAGAGUUAUUGGGAGCCCUCUGUUUCAAUUUGUGGUGGUUCAAAUUCAAGUAACACCAUCUCCGCCGCUACGGGGACGAGAACGCCGGCAGCAAUUUCCGGCGAAGAAAACCCAAGAAGAAGAUACAGAGGAGUGAGGCAGAGGCCAUGGGGAAAAUGGGCUGCCGAAAUUCGCGACCCUCAGAAGGCCACCAGAGUCUGGCUUGGAACUUUCGACACCGCCGAGGCCGCUGCCCGAGCCUACGACGGUGCAGCCUUGCGAUUCCGUGGCAGCAAAGCCAAGCUCAAUUUCCCUGAAUUCGUCACUGUCCUUCCGCCGUCUUCGCAGCCCAACGCCCAUUGGGCCCCAUCUCCGUUUAUAAUGAUCUAUGUCUAA